UCACUUAUCGAUGUGAAGUCGAUUGCUUCCGUCUGGCUGUUAGUGAGGGGGACAUAUUCUGUGUAUUAAAGUUAGCGUUUAGCUCCAAAACAAAAUGUCUCAUCCGCCACCAAAACCAUGGGAAAGGCGAAUUCCUGGAGCUGUAGGCGCUCCACUAAACUACCGUUCCACAGAUUUUGUGACUGGAAAUGGCUUAACAUCAUCAGGUCCUUCUACCUUGACACGUGUGGCACCUCCGAUCCCACCGCGUGCAAUCCAGCAGACCUACCGUCCAGCCUACAGCUCUUUCCCAUCAUCCUACAGCCCCUUUAACAGCUCUCCGUACGGAGGCUACAGCCCUUACAGCCCGUACAGCUAUGGCAAUGUGGGAUACAGCCGCUUCCUCCCGGAGGAUGUGCCUCCGAGCCGCUUCGUGCAGCAGGCGGAGGAGAGCAGCCGAGGCGCCUUCCAGUCGGUCGAGAGCAUCGUGCACGCGUUCUCUUCCGUCAGCAUGAUGAUGGACGCCACCUUUUCAGCCGUCUACAACAGCUUUCGCGCUGUGCUGGAUGUGGCCAACCACUUCUCUCGCCUGCGCAUCCACUUCACCAAAGUGCUGUCUGCCUUUGCACUCGUCCGGACACUGCGUUUCCUGUACCGACGGCUACAGAGGAUCCUAGGAAUAAGGUCAGACGUUGAGGUCGAGGACCUUUGGGAAGACAGUGCAGCAAGCGCCGUAGUUUCGGGCGGUCGAGGAGUCGGUGUUGGUGAUUCCAGUGACAGAACAGUCAAGUCCUGGCCUAUAUUUCUGUUUUUCGCAGUGGUUUUCGGUGGACCAUACCUGAUCUGGAAACUUCUGAGAUCUGAGGAAAGCGCAGAGGAUCGUGGCACUGACUGGGCAAGCGGUGAAGACGACCAUGUGGUUGCCAGAGCUGAGUAUGACUUCACUGCUGCUUCUGAGGAGGAGAUCUCUCUGCAGGCUGGAGAUAUGCUGAACCUGGCUCCAAAGGAGCAACAGCCAAGGGUGCGUGGGUGGCUGCUGGCCAGCGUGGAUGGCCAGACAACAGGCCUCGUUCCUGCCAACUACGUCAAGAUCCUGGGGAAGAGGAGGGGCAAGAGGCAAGCCGAGCUGGAAAGGUUGGCACAGCUCCAGCAGGGGCAGCAGGUUCUGCAGUCAGCACCGGGUCAGGUUACAGUGUCCAUGCCCGCCUAUGCCUCAGCUUCUGCCUCUGCCUCAGCCAAUCAGUCGAACCACGAGGAGCUGCUGGAGUGUGUGUACAGACAAACUCCAGCAUCUGACACAGAGAUAGCUGUUACAAUGAACAAUGGCAGCACAAACACUGUUUUAGGAAAUUCUGAGAAACUUGAUUUGUGAGUGUGUAUGUGUGUGUGUAUGUGUGUGUGCGUGUGUGUGUGUGUGUGUGUGUGGUGAUGGCUAGUAUGUAACUGUUCUCCAAAGUUGAUAUGAAGUGUAAUUUCCAUCCAUUUGUUUUUUUAAAUAAGUGAUAAGUGAUACGUGUGAGGUCCAGACUCACCAUGACUGUGUGUCAAUUUGGAGCUCUUUUGAUAGUCUUUUUUCUUUCCCUUUUUUCCUCCCUGUACUUAACAUUUCAAAAAUUUGCUUCAACUUUAUUAAACAUUUGGAUGGAAGCUGAAACUUCAUUAAUCAGACGUUACUGUGAGGAGCUGCCAGGCCUCUGCUGAGUGCUUAUGAUCAGGAUGAUUGGAUGCUAAAUUCAACAUGUUUACUUUAUAAUAUCCUAUUUAUGUCAUGGUAUGUAGAUAAAAUGAAAAUCUUAUAAGAAAUUAAAGGAAGAAACUAUUGAACAAAAGACAACCGUCGUAGCGAUUAUUUUAAGGAGGCACUUGUCAUUUUUAAAGUUUCCGCUGCUUGAGGAGCAAAUUACAUUUGUCCCGAACCACUGCUCUGCCUGAGGGGGAAGGAGCAAAUUUCUGGACCAGAAAAAAAAAAAAUCCAGUUUGAAAUAAAAGGCCAUCUAUGUUGAGUAGCAGUAUAUUAGGUUUACAGUUUUAUAGUCCAUCUGUGGAAUAUUGAAUUGCUGUAGAUCUUAAAAUACUAAAGAAAGAAAAUAAAUAAAUAAAUAACAUACUGCACCUUUAAUAAAGAUGUAAUGAAGAUCGAAAGCAGAAUCUGUUCCUGAUCUUAGCUUUAAACAGCCGUACGUUGGAUAAACAGUUAUUCGUGGGGGGGUUUUCCCAACAAUACACUUUUUCCUGUCAGUUCUCUUGUAUAUGUUUUUCUUCAAAUGGUUAAACAGUUUAAAGUUCUUAGUCAGAGACUUUUUUUUUCUUGUUGGGUUUGAUCACCGGAAAUAAACGGUUUUGAUAAAGAGAUAAUGGCUAGAUAAGAUAUACGCUUAUGGAAUGGUGCAUAAUUUAUUGCAUCUUGUGUAGUCUUGAGAGUUAUGAGGCUAGAAUCAGUGAAUUUUCUGUUUAUUUCUUGACAUUUUAAUUAACAGGUUUAAGUUAAACAGUUGUUAGGAAUAUUGAAAGAUGCAAUUAUAGGGAUCAUCUGUUAAAAUGAAUGUUUCGGUUGCUUGCAGUAACGUUACACGGCUUCACGUUUCGCACAGACAUACACAGACGUGAAGCCUUCAGCAUCCUGUAAGCUUUUCUUCAUUAUGCGUGUGUUUGUGUGUUCUGUCACUGAGUAAUCAUUAGCAUACAUGCAAUUGUGUUCAUAGACACAGUAUUUUCAUUAAACUAUUUUCAGACUAA